AUGACCGCCUCGAUAGAAGCCGCUGAUGUUAUAGGUAGAGAAAACAGCCAUGAAAGCGGCCAUAUGGGCCCGUCUUUAGGGCCACCAGAAGUCUCAUCGUCCUCGUCUCAGCAGUCGACCCAAAUCCCCGUACCGGCGAGCUACAGCCAGCGCAACCGCAAGGCCACCAGCUUGGCCUUAUAUCCUCAACCUCUUGACGAACCCAUGGGACAGCAUGGCCUUGAUACUGCCCCACAAACAAGUAUCUCACUAGCUGCCUCUCUGAGCGAGGUUCUCAACCCGCACGCCCGAACAUCGACAACCGUUUUCAAGAAUAAUAAGAUCGCCGAAACUCAGGCUUCUGAUAUCAGCCCAAAGGACAACAGCGCUUCUCUUGCUGAUAGACUCGUUGCAAUAUCCAAUUCACAAAUCAACACUAUAGAAACAGAGAGGUCAACACCUCGCUUAUCUGUUAAAUCACCCUGCUAUUUUCACCAGCGAUUUGAUGAUGCCGUCAAUAUCGAACGAGUUCUGGAUGAAGUAGUUAGUGACGAAUGGAUGUCACAUUCCCGAUUGAUGCAGACUGCUACUGGGGUUAGAGAGGUUUCAAAACAUCUUCAACGACGGUCCAUAAAGCUAGCAGUUAGAAAUGUCAUGAUUGUCACAAAGGCACGCGAUAACAGCCUUGUAUACCUUACUCGAGAAUUGGCCGAAUGGCUUUUAAGUACCCCCAGAUAUGGCAGUGACCUAGGCGUCAACGUCUAUGUGGAUGCAAAGCUACGACUAUCGAAACGUUUUGAUGCCCCUGGCUUACUAGACAAGGAGUCAAGAUAUGAGCAUAUGCUCAAAUACUGGACCCCGGAUCUCUGCUGGUCACAUCCUGAUAAGUUCGACCUAGUGAUCACCCUCGGCGGUGAUGGAACGGUUCUGUUCACUUCGUGGCUUUUCCAGCGUGUUGUUCCCCCAAUCCUAUCAUUUUCCCUAGGAAGCUUGGGAUUCUUAACCAAUUUUGAGUUCUCCAAGUACAGAGAGCACCUCAACCAGAUAAUGGGAGAUGUAGGCAUGCGGGUUAAUCUUCGUAUGAGAUUCACAUGUACGGUGUACAGGUCAAACCCGAGGAAUGGAAGCAAGGCUGUUCCGGCCGAAGAAGUUGAACGGUUCGAGGUCGUCAACGAACUUGUCAUUGAUCGCGGGCCGUCUCCCUAUGUAUCUAACCUGGAGGUAUACGGUGAUGAUGAACUUCUUACAGUAGUGCAGGCUGAUGGCUGCAUAUUCUCAACACCAACAGGUUCAACGGCCUACUCACUCUCAGCGGGCGGGUCUUUAAUUCACCCAUCUAUACCUGCCAUCCUACUGACACCCAUCUGUCCUCACACACUAUCUUUCCGCCCUAUGGUCCUCUCUGAUACCCUUCUACUUCGCAUUGCCGUUCCCCGACACUCUCGCUCCUCAGCGUACUGCUCUUUUGACGGCAAAGGACGCAUAGAGUUACGGCGUGGUGAUUACGUGACUGUCGAAGCAAGCCAAUUCCCAUUUCCAACGGUUGUCUCUCAAAGUGGAGAAUGGUUCCAGAGUGUCCGCCGCACGUUGCGCUGGAACGUAAGGGGAGCCGUUCAAAAGGGUUGGAAUGGCAGAGAGGACUGUCCUAAUAGUGAAGUUAAUACUUUUCCUACCAACGCUGAUAAGAUUGUCGAUUCUGGACAGUAUGAUGAGGACGAUGAUAAUGAACCAGAUGAUGAUUGGGAUAUCGAUACCGAUACUAAUACCGACAUGGGCCAGGGCGUCGACAGUGGCCUUGGACAGAGUGAAUGUGGUGACUCUCCAAAUACAGGGAGCAGUAGCCCUAUUCACAGAGUGAUGAGUUUACUGAACAUUUAA